AUGGUUUCAUAUAGCAUUCAAUUGUUUACUUUUAUUUUCUCAUUAUCUUUAUUCUAUAAACUAACGUUAUGUUCGGAACAUGAACCAUUUUUAUAUAAGCACUCUCCUGAUUAUCUUAUCAAUAAUCAUUUUUUCGAAAUUGGACCAGCAAAGGAUGUUUUUUCUCUUGAUGACAUUAAGCCUAUAAACUAUCCUGAUAAUUAUACAUUAAAUCAAUUAUUUUUGCUUACUAGACAUGGGUCGAGAUUUCCGGGUGCAGACCAGAAUCAAGCUUUUGAUAAAAUUGAUAAAGCAUUUGCAAAUGUUUCCGUAGCAAAAGAUUGGCCUAAAAAUCCUUUCCCCGCGGAAAAAAAUUUGCGAUUAACUACAAGAGGUAAACUCGAACCUUAUUACGGUGGAUUACAAUCUCUUAAAAGAUACGAAAAAUUUUGGAAAUGCGUCGAAUAUGAUGUUGAUGUUGUAAAAUUUCAGACUUCUACUGCUUUUUG